CAAAAGACAAACAGAAAAAUGUUGUGUUGUGCCGUGGGAUGCCAGAAUCGUAAUUCUGUAAACAGUGACCUGAAGUUUUACAGAAUAGCAGCAGAUAACAACUCGUUUAAUGCCAACCGCAGACGUCGUUGGUUACAAGCUAUCAGAAGAUCCGAUUGGAACAAAGACCUUAUUAAAAAUGCCAGACUUUGCAGUUCACACUUCAUAUCAGGAGAGGUCUCCAUGGACUUCAAUAGUCCCGACUUUGUACCUUCUGUCUUUUCCUUCGCAACCCAGUGUGAAAUAGACAAAGGAGAUACAAAACUUGAGAGAUUUAAGAGGAAAAGAAAAAGGGAAGAAACCAUCCACAGACCACCAGAUGAUGUACAGCGGUCCAAAGAAGCUAGUGAUGAGGCUUCUGGAGCUUGCCUGUCCUCAGAUGACUGCAGAAUGGAGCCUGGUGCUGAUCAAUGCACUGAAGCCACAGUCCCAAAGGUUCUCCAUGAUGAUCUGAAACACAAGUACAGCCAACUUUCUACAGAGUGUGUCAACCUGCGUUUGGAGAUCGACAAACUGAAAACUGAGAAUGAGGAACUAAAGGCAACACUCAUGAAUACACAAUUUUCCUUUAGCUCUAUCAAGAGUAAAGCAGUGCAGGUUCUGUUUUUCACAGGGCUGACCAGUGUCUUAUUUGAGUGGUUGAGUCACAAACUUAAAGACAGUGUAGAGGUUGUGCUUGGCUCUAUGAACCUGAAGGAUCAUCUAUUGAUCGUCCUAAUGAAACUUAGACUAGGGCUCUGCAACAAGGAUAUUGCUUUCAGAUUUAAUGUCACAGAAAGUGACAUUUCAAACAUUUUGAGAAGUUGGCUCCCUGUUAUGUCUGCGACUUUAAAGCCUCUCAUAAAGUGGCCAAGCAAGCAUGCAGUAUUAAAGAAUAUGCCAAAAUGUUUUAAACCUAAAUAUAAACAUUGCAGGUGCAUUAUUGACUGUACAGACAUUUUUAUCAAUAGACCCACAAAUUUAACCUCCAGAGCCCAGACGUACUCGAAUUAUAAAAGCCACAACACUAUUAAAUAUUUAAUUGGCGUGUCACCUUCAGGAGCCAUUUCUUUUCUGUCGGCAGGUUGGGGUGGGCGAGUUUCAGACAAACAAAUUACAGCUGAGUCUGGAUUUUAUGACCUUCUAGACUAGAGCAUAAUGAUGAGA